AUGGCUGCCAUCAACCACGCCUCCUCGCCGGCACCGAACGGCUUGCCCAAUGCAAGUCCCGCGCGCGGUACUGCGCAGCCACUGCCUCACAUUGAUGAUGUAACCGCGGCGCCUCGCGACAUUGACGGGAACCAGAGCAUCAAGAAGCUUUUGGAACAAUGCGAGUCCUCCCUGAAGACUGCUGAGUUGAUGCGCGAGUUCAACAAAGACGUGCAGGCACUCAAAGGAUACUUGCGCUCGUACAUCAUCGCCGUCCAAACGAUCGAGGGGCACCGUGAUUACGCCGAAAUUCAACACAACCAAAGCAGCCAGCUGCAUAAAAAGCAUAUAGCCCUUUUGCAACAAAUCAAAGGCCUGUGGCCUCAAUACGAUGGUAUCAAGAAGAAAAUCAUUGAGAACAACCGUGUCACGGGGGUUCAACGAUCUGUGCCCCGGCCUAGCUCGGCCUCUUCAUCUUCCUCUCACAGCAACGUUACUGUCAAACCGUCGAAUCAACCGCUGGAUGGCGCUUCUCCGGCGCCGGCAAGAAAGCCAGAGGUGCGCCCAAAACCUCAGGCUCUGCAUGGCAAUGCUUUAAAGAGCAAUCAUGCGCGUGCAUCAUCCGCAAGCAGCGACUUGCUAGCCGCUCGGUUUGCGAAAUUACAAGGCCCGGCAGCUUCACCAGGGCAGGAUCCACGAAUCAAGACGCACGCGUUCGCACACCCUCUGAAACCCGUCGGUCCGCGAGAGAUGCCGCCAGGACAACUGAAGAGGCCCACCAUUGGCAUCGACAGUUCGGUCCCUUCUCUUCCUCAGAUGCCCAAUGCUAUUUACAGCCCUGCACGCGGCAACAUGUCAGAAGAGUCGGUCCGGAUGCCGAGCAGCACACCCCGAGGGUUCAGUCGGACGGGCUCCAGUACAUCGACAUCCUGCAGUCCGAGUGCAUCAUCUCUACCACCCAGCAAGGACUACUUUACACCCGUAUACUCAAACUCAAUCACUUCAGAGCCUGCGGCGCCGACCAAUGGCAUACUCAAGGAAUCUUCUGCGGCUUCGUCCCCCCGACACUCCGUGGAUCUAGCGAAGCGUACGAUAGUCGCCGAGGAGCUUUUCAAGGCCAUGAAGACCAAAAACAUUCUCAUUAUUGACAUUCGCUCCCGGGAACAAUUCGAUGACAGCCACAUCAUGUCCAGGUCCAUCAUCUGCAUCGAGCCGGACAUCCUGACAAGGCCGGACUUGAAUGCAGACGACAUUGCCGAGAGCCUGGUCCUAUCGCCAGGGCAAGACCAGAUCUUGUUUGAGAGAAGGGAUGAGUUCGACCUUGUCGUCUUCUAUGAUGAUACUUCAAAAGGAUAUCCAGUGGUGGCGCGGACAGCAGACGAGAUUGCUAUCAUGUCUUUGCACAGGGCGUUGGUUCAUCUCAGCUAUGCCCGUGAACUCAAGCAAACUCCCUUGCUCUUAAAGGGUGGACUCGAAGCCUGGGCUGAUCUUCUGGGCCCGCAAGGGCUGGAGUCGACGCGUGAUUCAAGCACAAAUGCUGCUAGCCUGCGCAUUAACCGCACAAAGUCAAAAUACAGAGCACGACCCAUGGCUCCGGAUGACGUUAGGGCAUGGCAAGAAAAGUUGAGAACCGAAGAGAUGGAGAAGGCUGCUUCAACCGAGCACUAUAGGACUACAGAAGAUUUCUUGCGCAGGUUCCCAGAGGUGAGCAGGGAACCAGAGGACAUGUCGUCCACUCCCGCUUCAGAGUUGCCACGCCAGCCGGCAGGACCACCGAGGCCUACAAAGCCUCUCGAGUACCAGCCAGUCAGGCAUGCAGUCGAGGGUCUGCCCGCUCCUCUCACACAACCGAAGCCAGCUGUGUCGCGGCCAAAUCACAGCGGUAACGCCAUAAGCUCAGACCCGCUCGAUGGCGUUUCCAAUAGAGAUGCGGGCGCCCAAGUAGCAUCAGCACGGACAACUAAACCGUUCGAUCAGAUGACCACGAAGAAGGAAAGGAACUACACGCGAUCUAUUACGACGCAUGACAAGAGCAAAGAAGUGCUCGGCGACUCACAACAGCACGACGCCCAUGAAUUUAUGAGUUUCGUCUUGGAUGAACUGGACAGAGAAACCAACAGGCAAAGACACGUACUUGCCCUUGACUUGGACAAACCCCUCGACAUGCGCAACAAGUCAGUCCUCGACGGUGCCUUGGAGUACUGGUCGAAAUACUGCGACUCCUCGCGGUCCAUCAGUGAUCAACAUUGUGGGCUUAUGGAAGUCCAGUCAGUGUGUUGUCAAACGUGCAAGACCACGACUUACAGAUGGGGGGUCAUCAAGCAACUCGUCUUGUACCUCAAUGAGCGUGACGCGCAUGACCGCGAGCUCACGCUGCAGAAGCUGAUCCGCCGUUACACUGCUCCCGAGGAAUUGACGGGAUUCCACUGCGACGCAUGCCGUGCGGGGGACAGGACAGCGACGAUCCAGCGAGCCUUCCCCCGGAUGCCGGCGUUGCUGCUCGUCACGAUCCAGAGAUACGGUAUCUCUCGCCAGAGCAAGAUCAUGGCCGAGGUAACGUGGGAUCUUGACACGCUGGACAUGGCACCUUUCCAUCCCCGACCGAACUCAGUCCCUGACAAGAUGCGAACGGACGACAAGGCGUUCAUGGGACCCUUCAAGUACGAAUGCGUAGCCGUCGUGGAGCACUAUGGUGACACGACCAACUCGGGCCACUACACAGCGUAUGUGCGCGAUCCGCGCACCCACGGGUCUGCGUGGCUGUAUUGCGACGACUCUAGGAUCACCAAGGCCAACUUGCAGGGCCACCAUGCGAAUAAGGUUUUCAGAGAUGGCUCUCGUACUCCGUACGUGGCCUUGUUUAGGAUGAAGAGCGGAGCUUGA